CUAUCUCUUUUUUUGUCAUAAAGGGUUGGUUAUAAUUCAGUAGCCUUUUGAAUUAUUUUUGCAUUUGAUGGAAUUUAAUGUAUGUUUUUGCAUUUAAAAUCAAAUUUUGAGUCAUUUUUGGCAAUUUUCCUUUAUUAUAAUAGAUUAGAUACAUUUUUUUUCUAAUACUAAAGUAUUUGUAACGAUUUGUUCUUUCCAACAGCUUUUUUCUUUACCUCUUUUUUGUUUACUAGGUGAUUCACUCGCGCAUGCGCGCGGAAAUGAAUAUUUACAAAAAAAAACUAAAGUAUAAUAAUUUGGGUAAUAUUUUUAUUAAUUUUAGUUUUUAUUUGUUUAUAUAUUUUAUGUUAGUUAAUUUACAGUUUUAAUUUAUGAGUUAUUUAGUUGCCCUGUUUGAUUUUUGAAAAAUAUUUAGUUUGGCCACGAUAUUUAUUUCUAAGAUUGUGAUAUGGUUUAAAUUUUGUAUAGUUAAUUAAUUUUAGUUAAUGCUGUUAGUAAUGACUGUAAUAUCAUUUAUUAUUGUUCUAGUUAAAUAUCUUAAUUUCAAUAAAAUUUAACAAACCUCUAUCAUUUAACAGUUCAUAAAUAACGAAAUAUAAUAACUAAGAAAACAAAAUUCUGUUUAGGUGUAUUAUGGAUGAAAGUUGUAUAACAUAAAAUAACAAUAAGUGGAAAAAUUACUGAAGUAAAAAUAUUUUUUUUGUUGAAACAAUCAAAUGUUUAUUUAGUUAAAAAAUAAAAAAAUCAAUUUAAACUAAUUAAUAUUUAUAGACAACAUUUUGCGUUGAGUAUUAUUAAUUCCCUUUUUCAUCAGUAUUAAUAAUUUUCAGAUAUGGUUUGAUUUCAUUCUGGAAUCGCUACAUAUACUUUUCCGUGAGAAAAAAUAAGUUUUAAGAUAAAUGAACCAACUUUCUCCAAUAAUUGAUAUUGACUCUUGUUUAUGGUCAUUGCUAAAACAACAUCAAACGGAAAUUACCUACGCCACAUCCUAAAUGAAAAUCUUGAUAAAGUAUUUACGUACAUUCAUAUAUUGUAAAUAAGGGGAAAAUAAUAUUUACAAAUUUUAUAAUUAACGUAUUUUCCUUUUAGUUAAGAAAAUAUCUAAAAUAAGAAAAUUGUUUAAAUGUAUCAGGAAAUAAGUAAAUUAGAAAAGGAAGCACAUGCUUUAUUAAAUACAUUAAUAAUUUGUAUAUAUGUAACUGAUCAUGGGUUUCAAAUAGAACAAAACUUAGGUUCACCCCUAGGGUGAAGCUCUAAAUUCACACGCCUCUUAUCAACAAUUAAAGUGUUACCUAGAUUAAUAAUAAAAUAUUAAUUUUAAAAAAAAAUUAAAAUAGUAGAAAACAAUAAUAACACCAAUUUUAAUGACGCUAACACCACUAACAAAAUCCUAAAACCUAAAUUUUAAACCAUAAAUCUAAACCCUAACCCCUAAACCCAAAUCCUAUACCCUAAAUCCUAUACCCAAACUCUAGACUCUAAACCCAAAUUCUAUACCCUAAACCAAACCGUAAACCCAAACUCUAGACUCUAAACCCAAACCAUAGACUCUAAACCCAAACUUUAAACCCUAAAGGAACAACAUCAACAUUAACCCAAACCUUUAGGGUAUAGGGUUUGGGUUUAGGAUCCAAAGUUUGGGUUUAGAGUAUAGGGUUUGGUUUUAGAGUCUAGGGUUUGGGUUUAGGAUUUAGAAUCUAGGUUUGGGUUUAGGUUUUUGGGUUUAGGUUUUUGGGUUUAAAUUUAUAGUUUAGAGUUUAGAAUUUAGGGUUUAGGGUUUAGCUAACGGCGUUAAUGUCGUUAAAGCUGGCGUCAUUAUUUUUUUCUAUUAUUUUAAAUUUUUUUGUCAACAUAAUAAUUUUCAUUACUUAUCUAGAUGACAAUUUGAUUGGUGAUAAGAGGUGUGGUGAAUUUAAAGGUUCAUCCUACGGGAUGAACCUAAGUUUUGUUCUUUCAAAUAUAUAAAUUUCUUGUAUAUUUUAAUGUUAAAGAUAUUAUUUUUAUAUAAAUUUACCUUUUGAUAACAUUUUGGUUACAGGAAAUUCCUUUAUAAUAAUAAUGUAAUUACAAAAUAUUAUGAAUAAUAGGAAAUAUAUUAGUAAUACCAAUUAUAAUAGUGAAUUCAAUUCAUUAAAAUAUCGCAACACUAUGAGUGUUAACAUGAGUAUAACACUAUGAGUGAUAUCGCAAUAAUAAACUAUAUCAUUUAUGUUAUUCAAGAUUAUGUUUCAAAGGAAAUAUGUUAUUUUUAAUAUCAAUAUUAUUUUUGCGAACUUUCCUUUUUUAUGAUUUUUUCGUUUUUAAAUAUUUUUUUUAUUUUAACAAAUGCUUUAUUUGAUUAUAUAUGUUAUUUGGAAAUAAUAUAAAAAGAAAAAAAAUAGAAAUAAAUUUAGAUAAGGCAAUAAGCUAAAUAUUUAAUUCAUUAAAUGUAUCACUGUAAUCAACCAUUGUGAGAAAUAACGUGAGCGCGAUACGUAAAAAACUGACUUCUCAAAUAUCUAAACUAUACUAAAAGCACAAUAUAAAGCCCUAUGAAGUCCUCCACGUCAGAUAGAAAAAACGACUAAUAGUAAUGCAGCAAACAGCCACGUCAUCCGGCAUCUUCGAUUUAUUUUGUUUUGGGCUUAGUUUGUUUUCGGCCUGUUUUUCUGCAUCUUAUAGACGAGUUUGCGUUUUGUUACGUUUUAUUUCGACUGAAUAUGGGCUUUCUCAUUUACAUUAUAUUAUAAGCCCAAGAAGCUCAUCCGUAAAAGAAGAUGACGUCUCCUCUUCGCUUUGUUUUUACGUUUCACUCUAGCAACCCUAGCCAUACUGAUUCCCUCCCCACUCGAUUCAGCUGAGAAAAGGCAGUCGUAAUGGCACUCAAGCCUCAAUCUCCACUACUUCAUCUUCAAUGCUUCUUUUCUUCUUCUUCAAGAGAUUGUUGAUAUGUUUGUGUAUGGAAGAGGAGCGACCAAGCAGGAGCGUUGCCGAGUUCGUUUCCGUUCACCACAGCCGGUUGUGGAUCUGUACCGCCGUGAGCUGUGAGUCAGCGGAGGUGCAGCCCAUGUCGCCGCAGUUGUGAUUCCGUCAAGCCGAAGUGAGGUCUAGAGCGAUGGCAAGCCGCCAUGGUCGUUGCUUGCACUACCCAUGUCCUUUUCUUCUUCUCUUCUCUCACGUUCUCUUUGUUUCUUCUUCAUUCUCACCUUUCUUCUUCUUCUGAGAUUGUUGAUAUGUUUGUGUAUGGAAGAGGAGCGACCAAGCAGGAGCGUUGCCGAGUUCGUUUCCGUUCACCACAGCCGGUUGUGGAUCUGUACCGCUGUGAGCUGUGAGUCAGCUUCUCUUGCAUCUGAGAAUGUCUCACGGGUUAUUUUUUUGUUCAUGGUCAACUCUGAUCCAGGGACCUUAUCCUGAUGGAGUUUUCUGCUUGUGCAAUUACGACCACCUUAUAUUGAUGGCCAGUCAGUUCUGAAUUCUUUGACAGUGUCAGAACUUAAUUCAUGUGUUCUCAAAUUCCCAUCCGCAGUAAAAUUCUAAACAUGGAAUUGCACAUCCAAUUUAUACGUCUCAAGGGUCACAAAACCUGAGGGUUUGUGUUAGGAAAGAGUGUGCUAAAAGAAGCUGUUGGAUUGGAAAAGGAUGACAAGGGAACAAAGGGAGAUAGAAUCAAUGAAGAGAGCCAAUUUUAAUGGAAUAGUUUUGUGGUGACAAAGCCAGGACAGGCUGCUCUCUUGACCAAAUUGUGAUACACAACAAAUUUGUUUCGUGCAGACUAUUACGUCAGAUGAUCAGAGAAACAACAGCUCACAUGUGAAAACUGAUACAGAGAGAAAUGUCUCACCAAUGCAUUUUUGGAGGCUCCUUUUGCACAUACAUCUCAACCUUGGCGACUGGUUUCAUUCCGCAGCUCCUGCAAAUAUAUUUGUUGUAUGGAGUAUAUUACUAUCAAUCUUCUUCCCAAUGUCUUUAUUUUUGAGAUUGUUAAACCCCGUUUUAGUAAUCUGUGAUUCUAUUUCAUCUCUCGAGAUUACUUUGUUUUAUGAAUGCUUUUCCAUAUUUAGAGUGAGAGAGAUAAGCAAAGUUGUGAAAUGUUAUUUAGAUGACAUGUAUUUAAAUGAUUAUUAAACUUCUGUAUAAUUUUAUUUUACAAUACACUGAAAUAGUUUUAGUGUCACUUUUUAGUAUUAUAGAAAAUGUUACUUGGAAACACAUGUGAUGAAUAUUACAGAACUUUAUCACGUUAUUAUAGUUUAAAAAUGUGAUUUCGCCCUAAAUCCACUUAACAAUACUUAUAAGAAUGUGAUCACUGGUGUAGUCAAAAUAUUUCUUUGUAUGCUUCAGUAUAUAAUAGAUGUUAUAGUUGCUUACAAGUCAUUGAAAAAUAAGGAUAAUUAUAAGAUUUCAAGAUAUCAUGUUGGUCAUAAGCAGUAAAUCCAAAAUCUAAAAAUAUUUACAAUAACUAAAUAUAUAUACAAUAUAUUUUAAAAACUAAUCAAAAUAAUGUAGUGAAAUUAGUACUGGUGGUCACAAUACCAUUAAAAUUAUUUAAACUAAUUCAUAAAGAUAUAAAUUAUUCAAAGUUUCAAAUGGAAAUGAAAAAAAAUACAAAAUCACAUCAUACCAUAUAUAAGAUCAAAAUAGGUGACAUGAGAAAAAAAUAACAACAAAUUACGUUGACAAAAAAAACCAACAACAAAUUAAAUUACUCCCCUCUGUUAGUUAUCAAAGUCCAUUUUUAUUUUAUAAGUGUAAACAUAUUCUAAUAUCGAAAGAUAUGUGGUAUAAUAUAAGAAAUAGCAAAUUAUCUUCUAAAUUUAUUGGAAGAAACAAAUCAAAUAGUAAAUGAACUAUUUAGUUAAAACUGCUUAAAAUACCAAAAAAAAAAGAAAUAUGCAAAAUAAAUUCAAGUUCAUACAAAAUAUUUUAUAUAGUAAUAAGAUAAAAAUUAAAAAUUAAGAUAUACAAACCGCACAUAGCAUCAUUUACCAAAAUAAUAUAACAACAGUUGAAUUCACUAACAUCAACCAUAACCAUUCUUUUAAAAUGAGAGACACUACUCUUUACGUAUAAAAAGAGUUAAAAUAAAAUUUCACUAGAAAUUAACAUCUUACAAUAAAAAUACGCAAGUUUAAUUCAAUUUAAUAAUAUUAUAGGAAAAAUCCGGGCGUAGCCCGGACAAAUCCUCUAGUUAUUAUAGAGAUACAAAAUGAAUCAGCAGUAAUUAACCAAUUAAUUCUUAUAAUGCAUGAUUAUGUGUUAGUUUGAUGAAUUCAAACAUGAUUUAAUUAUGAAUUUCAAAUUAUAUCCACAUAAAAAUGUAAUCUAAAAUAUAAUAUUUUCUAACAAUGUACAAGUACAGCUAUCCCCUUAUUAUCAUAAGAUUCUCUGGAUUUCUUGAUUUUUAGAACACAUAAUCUUAACCAACCUCAUGUAAACCUACAGUUCCAUGAAUUUUCCUCUCUUUUUUGUCGAUAUCCAUGCAUAUAAGAAUAACUUACUCAUAUAGUCGUAUCUGUUACAUGAAUAUAACAUAAAGAAUAAUACAUUAAUGGAAAGUUUUUUUCAAUGGAAAGUUAGGACCGACAAGAAUACUGAAAAUGAAAUUUCCAAAAUUCAAAUGCACAACACGGCCGAAUAAAAAUCAUAUAUAGUGGAAUUCUAAAGAGAAAUAGAGAACAAAGGUUGAAAACAAAACUAUGGAGAUUAGGACACGACGAGGACGUCCGCACAUACCUGAGAUAAGAGUGGAAAAGAAGGAAGAAGAGGAGGAGCAACCGCUUAGCCCGGCUGCGCGUCUGUUUCACGCGCCGGAAUUUAACUGCAACAUCAUAUCGGUGGUUGGUUUGAAGAGCAAGAUCAAACCAGCUGUGAUUAUCGAUGGAAUAAAGCAAACUUUGAUUAGACAUCCUCGUUUCUCCUGCAAACUGGUGGAAAGUGGUAACAACCAAAGACGAGAACAAAAAUGGGUUCAGACAAAGGUGGUGGCAGAGGAUCAUGUCGUCAUUCCCAAAAUCGAUAUGCAUAACAUAGAGAACGCAAACGCAGACGCUUUCCUAGAUAGCUACGUCUCUGACCUAACUACGAUCCCGUUAGACACUUCCAAACCAUUAUGGGAAGUUCACUUACUCGACUUAAGAACGUCAGACGCUGAAAACGUGGCCAUUUUGAAGAUCCAUCACUCUGUUGGCGAUGGUAUGUCUCUGAUGUCUCUAGUCCUUGCUUGUACACGUAAAACAUCGAAUCCCGAUGAGCUACCGAGUCUACCGAAUCAAAAAAGUUCACUGUCUGGAUCAAGGAGUUAUUCCCGGUUAUUCUGGCUGGUUAUGGCUCUAUGGUCGGUGGCUAUGUUGGUUUUGAAUACUGUUUGUGAUGCUCUGGAGUUUAUUGCUACGACAAUGUUCCUUAAGGACACUGAAACACCGAUCAAAGGCAAUUUCCGGUUAAGUACGAGUAAGCGGAUGUGUUGUGUUCAUCGUACCGUAAGUUUUGACGACCUAAAGCUAAUCAAGAACGCCAUGCAAAUGACUGUCAACGAUGUUAUACUUGGAGUAUCUCAGGCUGGUCUCUCGCAAUAUUUGAAGAGAAGAUAUGGAGAACAGGAAGAACCAAUGCCUAAAGGAAUAAGGCUAAGGGCAGCUCUGCUCGUAAACAUACGACCGGCUACUGGAAUCCAGGAUUUAGCUGACAUAAUGGAAAAUGGAUCAAACUGUACAUGGGGAAAUUGGAUCGGCUACAUAAUCUUUCCGUUCUCUAUUUCACUCUGCGAUGACCCAUUGGAACAUCUCCGACGAGCCAAGUUCAUAAUCGACAGGAAGAAGAACUCGUUUGAAGCCCUGCUAACGUUCAUUGUUGGUAAUUUCAUUCUAAAAUCGUUUGGGGUUCAGAGGGCAGCAAAUAUACUAAAGAGAGCAUUGUCAAACACAACGAUGUCAUUUUCAAACAUGGUUGGUCCGAUUGAAGAAAUCAGCUUCUAUGGCCAUCCCGUCACGUACAUGGCCCCAAGUGUGUAUGGUCAUCCCCAUGCAUUGACAAUGCAUUUUCAAAGUUAUAUGAACAAGAUGACCGUUUCUUUAACAGUUGAUCCAACAGUCAUUAGUGAUCCUCAUCGGCUAUGUGAUGAUUGGGAGGAAUCUCUAAGAAGCAUCAAAGCUGCUGUCCAAGAAAAAAGUUGUACUCAUUAGAUUGAGCUAUUUCUUCUUUUAUUUUGAGAAAAAAAAAAUUAAAAGAGAGACAAAGAAAGUAUAAAAAUGAAUAAUUUUUAUAUUAACAUAUGUUGAAAUUUUGUAUAAAGGAAUCAGAGAAUAUAAUUUAUCAUAAUUAUGUAAACUAACAAAAAAACUUACAUGAAUAAUUCAACAUAGUUCAGAUAGAACAGUUAAACAUAAAAUCUUGGUAGAGCGGUUCAAUUAUUUGGUGCAACCGUGCAAGUAGUGAUCAAUAUGAUGUAAAUACGUCUAACAUAAUUCUCAUAUAAUGCAUUAUUGUCGGUUAUCAAAAUCUAUAUGAUAAUGAGAGAGUUACUUUCUGUUGAAGGCGGCACAUUAGCAUCACGUGGAUCUCACUUUAAAAGAUGUAAAGAGAUAUAAAACCCAUAAUUUGAAUUCGGGUUAUUCAAAUAAAAACACUAAUAUUUAUACCACUGAACUAAAGGAUAAUUUGUACAUUGAUAGCCGAAACUAAUAUAUAUUUAUGAAGAUCGGAAACUAUUGUUUCUUCGACUUCCUCUGAGGACCGGACUUACAAGUGUAUUAUGAGUUUCAUUUUUAAAUGACAUCACGUUAUAUGAAGAAAAAAGCUCAAGUUUGCAACAAUUAUAGUUUUCCCAUAUUGUAGACCGUCGUCGUUUAACAUGAAUUAGAGUUCUUUUCAUCAUUAUCUCAGACAUGUUUGAGUUACAGAGUUGUGCCGUGUGUCUGUUCAUAAUCUACUUUUUCACUGGUGAACUCUUCAUCUCCCCAUCUUAAAUCGUUUGAUCAUAAAUUGUCUUGAUUUGUAGUCCUUCUGUAAACCUUAUAUAUAUAUAUGAUUCUUAUCUUUGAUGAACCCAUUAUGCAUCCACAAAACUCAUUGAUUCCUCUUACCUUUAGCCAUCUUCUAGAAAAUAUCUCUCUCUGCCUCUCCAGUUCCUCAAACCGGCGUUCCCGGCGUCUGUCACUCAACCUUCGAGUCUCUUCGUCUUGUUCAUGGUAGUUAGAGCAUAGCCGCUGACCUCCUCCGCUUCUGAGAUUCCCUGAACUUCAAGAAAAACAGUGAGUUUAUGGGAAUCACGGUUCUCUUCCUUGAUGAAAAUAUAAGUUAAUCUUCGAUCUAUCACACUUAUUUAACAUAACUGUUCUUAACUGAUUUCAUGAUUCUUGUUGAAUAAUAUUAUUUUCAGAUUUCGUGAUUCAUGGGUUUAUUCCCGCCAAACAUGCUAAUCAUUACAUACCAUCUUUGAAAGCUAGUUCCAUUGUGAAAGUCGUUCGUUUUGAGGUUGCUAGGUGCUCACAUGUACAAAAUAACUGAUCAUGCAUUUCUCAUUCGUUUCAUCCCACCAACCAUUAUUAAUAAAGUCAUCAUGGGUACUCCUGAGAUCAAUUUCCAGUCCUGAUUAGACUGUUCGACAAUUUCCAAGUGAUUGCGAACAUAAACCUAGACCUCCCAGAUAUAUUAUCAUAUUGCAUCUGGAUUUAUAUUAUGUUUCGAUAUCAUAACUGAUAUUUAAACUCGCAGAUGUGGUUGUACAAAUCCGUUUUGUCUAUACUGUGCUAACAUCAAUGAUCAAAAAUAUUUCCUACCCAAAAUCAGUGGUCGUCUAUUUAUCUCUCUUACUUAUCAAACUAGUUUUACACAAACCUUUAUUUUACAGCUUUAAAAAAACUACAACAACCGAAACAAUCAAAACACCAAAACUAGAAUCCAAAAAAAAAAAAGACGAAUCACCUCUUUUUUUUGUCUAAUCUUACAAAUAAACUUCAAAACAAAUAUACCAAAUCAAUCACCUCAACUAAAACUCAACUACAUAUACAUCGAAUCAGCUAAAAAAAUACAAACUACACGGGCAAUUAUUUAACAAUUACAAACUUACUUUCGCAUAUGUUUACGAAGAAGACGAAGAUGACAACCAAGAUCAUUGAAAUUACCUAAACGAAAAAACAGAGUAAGUUACAAACUCUGAUAAAUACAACUAACAACGAUUUGUUUACAUAUUACCCAUCAAAUAAAAGAAAAACAAACACAUGCACACCAAGAGAUACAAGAGAAUCCCGACAUACACAAAUGCGGUAACGACAUCUCUACCUGCUCACUCUUUUUGUCUUAUGAAAAUAGCUUACAUGCCAUGCAAUUAUCUUCUUAUGAGAAAUACAUAAAUUCGUUUAAGACCCAUUUAAACCCAAAUACUCAGAAUUGUCACAUUUUAUAGUUAUUUCUACAAGUCUUCAUGUAUUUGUUUUAAAUGUCCGGUAAAAGCAACAAGUUUAAAAAAAAAACAUAUAACAAACAUAAUAAGAAUAAUAAAAAUUAUUACUUAAUCCACACAAUUUACACAACUAAACUGAGGAAAAGAUAUCCAGAAUAUGUACUCUCAACAGUACAAAGAAACAAAUUAAAAAGACAAACAAACAAUAAAUCUUAGUGACACAGCAAACAACACCAUGAACUAUAUCAAUCACAUUACUAACACAGUUUAGACAUUCAUAAGUGGAGAAAAGUACCUAUACAGUUCAUCAUCAAAACUCUAACCCUAUAAAUCUAUAACAAUAAAAAAACUUGGAAAAUAAUGAUCUAAUCCAAAACGCAAAAUUUACAACUACAAUAAUCCUAGUAAAUAUUGAGAUGAAACAAAAACCCUUUCUACAACUCCGCGUUUGUGAGGAGGCAAUGCCCCUAGUAGUUAAUAAUAAUAAUUCUCGUAGUUUUGUACUCCAAUAA